AUGAGCCUGAAGCUCGUAAUCAACACAAAAGGCCGCAGAGUCCUCCUUGCCGAAACUGGAAAGGACUUUGUAGAUUCCUUUUUGACAUUUUCUCUUUGCCUGUUGGAGUUGUUUGUGGACUAUGUGAAGGAGAUGGCCUAUAUGGUAACUGAUGAUUUGGUUGUGGAGCCUGUGUCCAUCAUAUCUUCUUUGACUCUGCUCAACAGGAUUAAAGCCAUGGAUGCGGAUUUUAUAGAGGAGAAGAUGGUUACUCUGAGUGCUUAUGAGUUUGCUCAACUUUUCUUGCCAUACAAAAAUGACCUGGUUGCAUUGGACAUUGGACCAUGGUCAUAA